AUGGUACCCGGCGAUCAGCGUCGCACAGACGACGAUGGCGACGACGCUGCGACGCCGCUGUGGCUGCUGGAGGUGUCGCCGGACCACGAGAGCAGUCGCAGCACGCUCAGCGUCGCCCUAGCUGACGUGGACAGAUUCCAGCGAGUCAAUGACGGCGAGACACCUGUCAUUGUGCUCGUCUCCGUCGUUAUCGAGCCAGGAUUCAAACCCGCGACACCGCGCAAGGAGCGGGCGCGGCAUGGCGCCACGGAGGAUCUGAUUCUGCGCAGCGUCGUGCGGCCGAUGCAGGCCAUCGCGGAGAACAGAAAGGUGGCAGCAGAGGCGCACAUGGAGCGCAGUGAGAGCAGGGAAGCGGGCCUCUGCGCGGCUGUGGUGCACCUGCAGGCGCAGCGCCUGUACAUCAGCGUGAAGAGGAAGCUUCUAUGGGGCGGGGAUUCAUCGGUGGUGCAUUAUUGUGAGGCCCAUCUGCCGCAGGGAUGCCUGCUCGUGCUCACACAGGGCAGUAAACGAGUCAAGGAGCUUAUAGCGGGUACAACAAGUCACCCCGCCAGCCAGGGUAGCACUGCUACUGCCAGAGGUGCCGGUGGCAGUGCUGCUGGUACUGCUGCUGCUGGCGGUGGUGGUGGUGGUGGUGGUGGUGGUGGUGGUGGUGGUGGUGGUGGUGGUGGUGGUGGUGGUGGUGGUGGUGGUGGUGGUGGUGGUGGUGGUGGUGGUGGUGGUGGUGGUGGUGGUGGUGGUGGUGGUGGUGGUGGUGGUGGUGGUGGUGGUGGUGGUGGUGGUGGUGGUGGUGGUGGGCGUAGGAGGUCUCAGGAUUCGCCCCAACACGCACUGCAGCAGCAACAGCAGCAGCAGCAGCGGCAGCAGCAGCGGCAGAGCCAAAACUUUCACCAGCAGCAGCACCAUGAGCAGCAGCAGCAGAACGGAAGUUAUUACCAGGACUAUGAGCAGCAGUUGCAAGACGAGCAUUCAGCAGACGAGGAGGAGGAGGGUGCAGCGGAGCUGAAGCGAAGCAUCAGUGCGGGGAACGAGCUGAGGAACCGAAGAUAUAGACCCGGCAUCGGCAGCACAGGCAGCCCAGGGAACAGCAGCAGCGGCGGUGCUGGGGGCGGUGCUGGUGGUGCUGGUGUGAGUGGCAGCGGUGGUGGUAGCAGCAGUGGUGGUGGUGGUAGUGGGGGUAUGAGGCGUGUCUUUCAAAGGAGAACACGCAAGCAGAGCAGCAGCUUUUCCGAGUCUGAAGAUGAAACCCCACUCGUCCGAACCAGCACGGGAGGCUCGGAGACGCACCGCACACCCUACCAUCUCAACAUCCUAGGUCCGGCAAAGUGGGCAGCUUCGGUCUCAGGCUCAGCAACCGGACCAGGCGAAGAUCCGGACGACCCGAACCACGCCAGAGGCGCCAAGCCUCCUCCCAGACCUCCCCGAGGCUCGGGACGAGGUUCGGAAAUGGAGGACGGGGAGUAUGACGGGGAGGAUGGGGACCAGACCCCUCCCAGGCCUGUCUUGCGCUCCCGAACCUCCCCUUCCGGACGGUCCUGGGGAGCAGGCGAGAUGGAUGGAGCGACAGCAGCAGCAACAGGUGCAGCGGCAGCAGGCAGACACCCCAACUUUGGUGGUAGUGGUGGCAACUACAGCAGCGGCAUGCCUUCACCCUCAGCUGUCUCGUCUGGGCGGGUUAUGUCUCGCACGCUCAGCCGGGAACGCAGGCUGCACCAGGCAGCAGCGGGAGUAGCAGGAGGAGCAGCAGCAGGAGAAGGAGGAUCAGGAGGAGGAGCAGGGCUGGGAUCGUUUAGCAGUGCUGCUGCUGCCAUCUCCACCACGUCUGCUACCACUCUCCCUCCCGCCUCCCUCCCCUUCCACUUCUCUCCCAAGCUUCUCAUCCCCUCGCCCUUCACCUCCGCUUCUGGUGUGCUUAUCGCGGAGGGUGAUAAUAACAAUGGUGACUAUAACGAAGAGCCCAGGCCUGGGACGCCCAGGGGGGAGACGGAAAAAGAGGCUCGGUUGCUCGGGGCGUCUAGGUUCGGCCCGAGCCAGGGGAUGGAGGCUCGGCAGGGGGAGAGGGGCCGGCACAGCAGGGGAAUGUCUUGGGCUGGUCCCGAGUUAAUGGGGGGAGGGGGAGGGAGUGGAGGGUUCCGAUUGUCACCUGGUGGGGGGGAUGGUGGGGGUGACAGUGGGGGUGCAUGUGAUGGUGCGGGUGGGGUUGACGGGGGGGGCUAUAAUGGUGGGCAGUGGCGUUACACUUCUCAUGUCGCUUCCCCUACUGCUGCUGGCCUCCCUCCCCUCCCCUCGCCCUCCUCCGCCUCUGCCUUCCCCUCCUCCCUCCCCUCCUCCUCCACCCGCCCUAACAUAGAAGAACAGGUAGUGGCACUGGCAGGGCAAUGGGAGGUCCUGGCACAGAUGGGGGGGGCGAGGCAAGGGGGAGAAGGAGCAGGGGGAGCAGCAGGCGGAGCAGCUGGGGGAGCAGGAGCUUCUGGGGGAGGUGGGACUGUUAGACCGGCUCAGGCGACUGAUAUGUCCUCCCGCCCCCGCCGCACUGUGCCGAAACAUUUCCGGGCAGGUAGCUGGGAUCCGGGCAGGUCAGGCCUGAGUGAGGACUCGUUUUUGGAGAGUGUGAGAGGAGGAGGUGCGGCAGGGGCAGGGAAAGGGGCAGGCGGAAAAGGGGGAGGGGGAGGGGGAGGAGGUAGCAAGACUCCCCCUUUGCCCCCAGAAGGGGCAGCAGGCGGAGGGAAAGGUGGAGGAAGCUUCCGAAAGGGAAUGCUGCGAAGGAAGGGGAGCGGGCAGUGGGGGGAGGGGCUUGGCGGGUGGAUCGGGGGAGGGGGAGGUGGGGUGGGAGCGGGGGCAGGGAGAAGAGUCGGGGCGGACAGGGUUGAUGGGGAUGGGGUGAGAGAUUAUGAGGAAGAGGAAAGCAGCAUGGAGGGAGGAGCGCCCUUGCGCCGUGCUCUCUCCUCCACCGCCCCUGGCCUCUCCUCCUCAAUGGAUGCCCACGCAGGGUUCGCUUCAGGGUUGCUCGCAGCCUUCCCCGCCACUGGCUCGCCGGACCUGCCAGGCUCGGCGCCCGGACGUCGCGGUGCUGGUGAGGCUCGGCACAGGCUGCCCAAGAUGCCGUCCAGUAAUGGCAGGCUCGGCGAGGAGGCCCGGCCGGGGCUGCUGGAGGUUGGGCGGGGAGGCGGGGGGUUGGUUCGGGAUUGGAUCAUGGGGCAGGGUGCAGCAGCAGGGCAGGGAGGGGAGGGGGAGGCAGGGAGAGAGAGGGAGGAAACAUCUGGAAGAGGGGGAGGAGGGGGAGGAGGGGGAGGAGGGGGAGGAGGGGGAGGAGGGGGAGGAGGGGAAGCGGAAGAGGGGAGUGUGAGUGGGAGCAGCAGCAGGAGUGGGUUGGAUAUGGAUAUGCUGAUGGGGGAGUUGCAGCAGCUGAGACAAGAGGCCCUUGCGAAGCAAGUAGCGGCCCAAGCUCAGUUCUGCAAGGUGCUGUGCUGCGCUCUCCCUCGCCAUGCCAUGCUGUAUCGCCGUGCUGGUGGCAUGGGCAUGGGGUGUGCUGCUGCUGCUGUGGUCAGAUCUAGACGAGGGAGUGGGGGAGCCGGGUAUGAUGCAGAGGUCUGGGAGGAUGGGGAGGAAGAUGAAGAGGAGGGGGAGGAGGGGGACGAUGGAGAAAAGGGCAGGAGUGGGCAGGCUGCUGGGCCUACCGCUUCUGUGGGCAACCAUCCCGCUGCGGACGAUGACACGGGAAGCUGCUCCUCCACCUCUUCAUUCGACUCCACUGAGUUUGUUCGCAAGGUCACGGAGCGCGCCCGCCUUGCUGCCUCUGCCUCUGCCAACGCUGCCUCUGCUGCUGCCGCUGGUGCUUGCAGCACAGUAGACGGGGUGAGUAGGGGAUUUAAGACACCACACACCCACAGACCUCUCCCCCAACAUCACCUCCUCCUCCUCCCUCCACCUGCCUCCCAGCCACCACUCCUCCUCCCUCCACGCCCCUUCUCUCUCCGACUCUCUCGACCCCUCCUCCCACGCCUCCUCCUCCGCAGAUUGCCGCCGCUUCUCCCUCCCCCAACUUCUCGAAUGCACCGACGGCUUUUCCGACGGGAACCUUCUGGGAAGGGGCGCGUACGGGCCGGUAUACCGAGGCCAGCUGUUCGGGUGCCUCGUAGCGAUCAAGAAACUGGAACAAGGCAGCGACCAAGGUCCGGCGGAAUUCCGAACCGAAGUGGAGGUUCUGAGCAAGGUUCGGCACCCACACAUUGUGCUCUUAAUGGGUCACUGCCCGGAAGAAGCUUGUAUCGUGUACGAAUUCCUCCAGGGAGGGAAUCUCAGCGGAUCGUCCGGGCGGGAGACAACCCUCCGCCGCCCCUACCCUGGCACGAUCGAAUCAGAAUCAUAUCGGAGAUCUCCGGCGCACUCCUCUACAUGCACCGGCACGACCCGCCGAUCCUCCACCGGGACUUAAAGCCCGACAACAUUCUCCUAGACGCCAACUCCAUCUCGAAAAUCGCGGACGUGGGUCUCGCCCGGCUAAUCCCCAACGAGGUCUCGGCAGUUACCUGGAAGGUGCGCGGCACCGCAGGGUACAUAGACCCCGAGGAGCUUCAAACGGGGGAGCUGUCGGUGAAAUCGGAUAUCUACGCGUUUGGGCUGAUAGCGCUGCAGCUGCUGACAGGGCUCAAGAAUGUGAAGCUGGUACAUGCGCUGCUCGCGGCGUGCGGCACGGGCGCGAGAAACACAGAGCAGGCGACAGAUCUCAUUGUGAGGAGCCUGGAUCGUUCGGCUGGGAAGUGGCCGGAGAGGCUAGUGAGGCGGGCGACGAGGGUGCUGGUGAGGUGUAUUGAGAGAAGGAGAGUGAAUAGGCCGGAUCUGGGAGGGGAGAUUCACCCGCUGCUGGGGGAGAUUGCAGAGGAGGCUAUGGAGGAGAAGAACAGGCGGGCUAAGGAGCUUGAUGGGCGGUUCGUGUGCCCGCUGUCACAUGAGAGAAUGAGAGACCCGGUGGUGGCAGCGGACGGGCACACGUACGAGCGCGAGUACAUCGAGACUUGGCUCGCCAGCAGCGGGGUCUCGCCUGUCACUGGACAGCCCCUGCCCCACCGCGCCCUCACUCCCAACUUCAUCCUCGCAUCGCUCAUGGACUCAAUGUGA